AUGGUCCACUAUAAGCUCACAUACUUCGACGGCCGUGGAGCGGCAGAAGUUAUUCGUCAGAUCUUUGUCCUCGCCGACGAAAAGUUUGAGGAUGUUCGCUAUACUCACGAGGAAUGGCCAAAGCAUAAAUCUGAAAUGCCAUUUGGCCAAAUGCCAGUGCUUGAAAUCGACGGUCAACAGCUCGCACAGUCUCAUGCUAUUGCUCGAUUUCUUGCGAAGAGAUUUGGUGAGUAGAG